AUGGGAACGUCCCGGAAACCCAAGAAGGACCCAGAGCCUAUUCCUACCAGACACCUUUCUUAUAGCAUCCAUGGCUCCAGCGGACAGAAUUUGGCCUCGUUGGACUAUCAAGAGACCUUCACUUCAGACUGUCGCCCACUGAUAACGAAAUCCGAGCUUCUUCAUCAUUUCACCAAUGUUAUAGCUGCCGACCUUGUUUGGAUAGAUGAUCUACAAAACCCAUGGCGACAAUACAUUUGCCCACUUGCAUCGCAGUCUCCCGGAGUUUUAUAUGCUGCGCUUUCUGUUGCAGCCGCCAAUUUAUAUUUCAAAUUCGACCCCAACAGCCCGCACAAAACGUUGAGCCUAAACCUCAUGAAUGAAUACCGUCAGAAAACUGUCGAAUGCUUGACACCAUAUUUAGCUUUUGCCAAUUGCAAUGAUGGCCGUGCAGACAGCAGGACGAGCUCGCAGGCAUUUCAAGAGGCACUUGCAAUCACACUACUCCUUUGGCAUCUCGAGAUGCACUUUCCAUCAGACUCACUAUGGCGACUACAUUUGCGCACGGCACAGGCUCUGGUAUAUCACUACCAGAAAAGCUCCAUGCUACUUCUAGGAUCAAAUAGAUGCGGAGAUUUUCUCAUAUCGGAAUUUUACUGCGCUACUAUCUGGCCUCGGCUGACACUGAAUGUUGAAAUCGACGACAUGACGUUAAAUAUUCCGAUGGCUGAUGGAACGAAUGCUUUCGUUGGUUUUGUUCAGUUGAUGCACCAAAUCAUCAUGAAAUACCGGGACUGCGGUGGGAGUGAUACUAUACCUGCUGGAAAUACAAUGGCUCUCACAGAGUUAGAGUCACAAGCCACAAAGGUCAGAGAAACGGUACUUACAGUGGAAGAUACAGCCAAGAUCAGUUUGCACAAUGGAGCUUCAAGCGACAUAGCCCAUGUGGUGGAUGCGUGGUACUAUGCCGUUCUUCUGUUUGGCUAUCGGGCGAUUGGACGAUUAGACGGCUCUAAUCCAGCGUUGCAAAGAGCUCGCGAUUGUCUGUUUAAAUCGCUAUUGUCCUUUUCCAGCCCUCUAUCCUUCGCUCAGAACCAACCGUGGCCGUUGUUUAUCGCUGGAACGGAGUGUGCGGGUAAUAAAAAAAUGCAGCUAUGGAUUGAAUCCCGCUUGCUCAGUCUCAUCAAUUUUGACUGCCCUCUAGACCGUCCGCGGAUGCUGGAUUUUCUCAAAGAGUGGUGGGCGCAACCAAGUUCAACAUUUGACCAGAAAUCCUGCUGGAUGGCUUUCAGAAAAGCACCGGCAAAUUUUGUCAAGGAGUUCGUUAUUUGGUGA